GUAGCUCUUUGACGUUCGGAAGUUUGAAUUGCUAAUACUUAACAAUUGUUACGUAGGAUGCAAACACCCGAAAAUAGUCUGUACCUACUAAGCACCUAAAUCUAAAUCUGCUUCUAUUUUCUCUACACUAGAAUGUUUAUGUUACCUAAUAUCUAUGAUAAAGUGAAAUAGUUUUUAAAUUGUUCAUAAACAAGUUGUGUACUAAUAAGUAUAUAGAGUCUGAAAGAUGGUUCUGGAUUUGACGUUCAAAAAGGGAGGAAAAGUUGUCGGAAAAAAUCAACCGACCUUCAUAAUUGCCGAAAUUGGGCAAAAUCAUCAAGGGAACAUCCAGACUGCGAAGGUUUUAAUCGAAGCUGCAAAGGAAUGCGGAGCGGAUUGCGUAAAGUUGCAAAAAACAUGCAUAUAUGAAAAAUAUAGCAAAAGUGUGUUGCAAAAGCCGUACAGAAAUCAAAACUCAUGGGGCGAUACUUACGAGGAUCAUAAACAGUGUUUGGAAUUUUCUGAAGACCAAUUCGUUGAUUUACAGAAGUUCGCUUCUAAAAUUGGGAUUUUAUUCGCGGCAUCUCCAAUGGAUUAUCCAUCGUUGAAGUUUUUGAAAACAUUGGAUAUGCCAUUUAUAAAGAUUGGAUCGGGAGAUUGUAACAACUUGCCAUUUAUCGAAUCGGCCGCUCAAGCAAAUGUACCGCUAAUUGUCUCCACCGGAAUGCAAAAUCUUGAGAUGGUUCAAUCCGUUUACAAGACAAUAUCGGCUUAUCAUAAGAAAUUUUGUUUAUUACACUGCGUAUCUGCCUAUCCGGCUCCUUUGGACGACAUUAAUUUAAGUGUUUUAAAAUUGUACGAAGAAAAAUUUCCAGACGUGAUCAUAGGAUAUUCUGGACAUGAAAUUGGGAUUGAUAUUUCGGUUGCCGCUGUUGCCUUAGGUGCAAAAGUGAUCGAACGACAUAUUACUCUAAAUCACAAUCAAAAAGGUUCCGACCAUAUCUGUUCAUUAGAACCGUGCGAAUUUAAGCUUCUGGUCCAAAAAAUUCGCACUCUCGAAGUUGCAAUGGGAAGCCCUAUCAAAGAAUUGAGAUCGUCGGAAGUGCCUUUCUCACGGAAAUUUACGAAAUCUAUAGUCCUCGCACACGCGGUCCGAAAAGGCCAUCGUUUAAGUCUUAACGACCUUAAAAUUAAAGUUGCCGAUCCAAUCGGAAUUCAACCCUCUUCGUUGAAUGAUAUUAUUGGGAAAAUUGUGAAACGGAAUCUUGGGGAGGACGAAAGCUUAACUUAUGAAGCGUUAUACUAGAGGCGAUAAUAUAAGAUAAAAGAAAAUCUCGAAAUAUAUAGCUGUUGUAGGUAUACAGAUUUGUAUAGCAUCAUGACGAACCAGGACAGCUCAACUGUAAUGCUAAUAUUUUUAUUAACCUUGUAUAUUAUGUAUAUGCAUAACCGGUAAGAAAAUAAAUUAUGUUUUAGUUUUGUAACGCACCCAGGUCAGGCUCGAGAGAUUGCAAGAUUUAAAAUCAACACUUUUUCUCCCAAAUCAACUAGCCACCUAACUUGAACAACAACAUUCUAGGACCACUUACUAUAGUUACUACUAUAGUACAAGAUUCCAGAUAAGGUCAACUUUCGCUCAUCCGUUCACCGAGUGAAAUAAGAUUUUUUAGCAAUCUUAAUAUGUAAACAAACACAUUGUGAUGGUUUGUCUAAUAAAGCCAAGACUACC